AUGAUUUUAUUCUGUCUUGUUGCGAUCAAGCGAGCAAAACUCGCCGCAGCUCUCUUUGCCGAAGCUGGAAAGACAGUUUCAAAGAUUCCAUGGAUUCUCAUGCAAGGUUUUUGGAUGUACAUCGCGCUGAUCUCCCUCUGGUCCCUUUGGUCCUUUUCUCUUGCCUUCCUUGCCUCAUCGGGCGAACAAUCUGUCGAUCCAUCAACUGGCUACGUCACAACUAACAACAACAAAGACCUCUGGUGGGCCUAUUUGAUUCAAAUCUUCGGCGUUAUUUGGCUCACUGAAGUAGUCUUUGCUUGCCAUCAAUUUGUCCUGUCUUCUGCCGUCGCUUCAUAUUAUUUUACUCGAGAUAAGAAACGAUUCGAGCGAGAAUCUCCAUUGUUGACGGCGGUUCUCCAGUUAGUAACUUACCAUUUGGGCUCAAUCUGCUUCGGUGCUCUUCUUGUUGCCUUAUUGAGAAUUCCACAAGCCAUUUGCUCGUACAUCUACCACAAAGCGAAACAAACGAACAACAAAGUUGCACAGAUUCUUUCCAAAGCCUGCAUUUGCUGCCUUUUCUGUUUCGAGAAAAUCCUGCGCUUUUUCAACGCCACUAGUUAUGCCAUGAUCGCCAUAACAGGACAGAAUUACUGUUCUUCUGCCUGUAUGGGCGCGGCAACAAUCGCCUCUAAUGCCUUCCGAGUUGGGGCUAUCGCUGUCGUUGGCGGACUGACGCUUUUCCUUGGAAAAGUGCUGAUCGCCGUCCUCUCCGCCAUUAUCGCCGGAGUUCUUAUUCAAAAUAUACCCGAUCAUCCAGAGAUUAAUUCAAUCGCUGUUCCAGCUAUUGCCGCUGCGAUUGUUGGAUACAUCAUCGCCGCUGGUUUCUAUGCCACUUUCUCGACCGCCGUCGAUACGCUUCUACUCUGCUUCUGUGAAGAUGUACGCGUUAACGACGGAACGGAAGUUAAGCCUUAUUUCAUGAACAAAUCGUUGAUGAUUUUCGUCCAAUACGCCGACGCCCAAGUUUCCCACAAAGGAUCCUCGUACGAAGAAUCCGAGCCCCUACGAACCAUGUGA